UUUCCAUUGUUUUUUUAAGCCAACUAUUAUGUACUAGUACUACUUAAUUUACGCAUUUCGAUACUACACAAACAUUUGAAAGAAAAAUAAAAAAUAAAAACCCUACAAAACAUACCCCCACCGAAAAAAGAAGAGGUUUUAAAAGAGGCUCUGCUCUCCUCUGUGACUGUUCAAACUUCAUCCCCCUGCUUAGCAGUACACACCACUCUCAUGUAAACAAGAGGCUCCUUUUUAAGGUGUUUUCAUACACAAAAAGUAAUCUAAUCUCUCUCUCUAGUCUAUACAAAAGAAAAACCCUUUCGUUGUCUUUUUUCCAUUGGAAAAUCAAUGGGUUCGUUUGUGGGCAGCCGUUUGUGUUGCAUUGUUCUGCUCUUCACUCUUUGCUUCGCCGCUGACCCUUAUGUCAAUUUUGAGUUGGAGUACUCCUACAUCACUGUUUCUCCUCUUGGCGUUCCCCAACAGGUUAUAGCUGUGAAUGGGAAAUUUCCAGGUCCUGUCCUUAACGUUACGACCAAUUAUAAUGUCGUGGUGAACGUGAAGAACAAAUUGGACGAAAAUCUUCUUGUCACUUGGCCUGGAAUUCAGAUGCGACGCAGUUCCUGGCAAGAUGGUGUUCUUGGUACAAAUUGCCCUAUCCCUGCUAAAUGGAACUUCACUUACCAGUUUCAAGUAAAGGAUCAGAUUGGUAGCUUCUUCUAUUCUCCUUCCCUCAACCUACAGAGGGCUUCUGGUGGUUUCGGUUCUUUUAUUAUCACGAACCGUAACAUUAUCUCUAUUCCUUUUAGUCCUCCUGAUGGGGAUAUAGUCAUAAUUAUUGGAGAUUGGUACACUCGCGACCAUAAAGCUUUGAGGAAGGACCUUGAUGCUGGAAAGCAAUUGGGGAUGCCAGAUGGAGUACUUAUUAAUGGAAAAGGCCCAUUUAGAUACAACACGACGUUUGUGCCUGAUGCGAUUGAUUAUGAAACGAUAAAUGUUAAUCCAGGCAAAACCUAUCGGGUUCGGGUGCACAAUGUUGGAGUCUCUACUUGUUUGAAUUUUAGGAUUCAAAAUCAUAAUUUACUCUUGGUGGAGACAGAGGGAUAUUACACUUCACAGCAGAAUUAUACUAGUGUAGAUAUUCAUGUUGGGCAAUCUUACACAUUUCUGGUUACCAUGGAUCAGAAUGCAAGUAGUGAUUACUACAUUGUGGCGAGUGCCAGGUUUGUAAAUCAAUCACUCUGGCAGAAAGUAACUGGCGUUGCUGUUUUGCACUAUUCCAACUCCAAAGGAAAGGCAGCUGGCCCCCUUCCGGACCCUCCAAAUGAUGCUUUUGACACAUCUUAUGCACUGAAUCAGGCCAUGUCGAUCAGGCAAAAUGUUUCUGCAAGUGGAGCUCGGCCGAAUCCUCAGGGAUCUUUCCAUUAUGGUCAAAUUAAUGUCACAGAUCUUUAUUUGUUAAAGAGUGUGCCACCAGUGGUAAUUGAUGGAAAACUUCGAGCUACAUAUAACGGGAUUUCAUUUAAAAAUCCUGAAACUCCAAUAAGGCUUGCCGAUGUAUACCAUGUGAAGGGUGACUACAAGCUUGAUUUCCCAACCAAGCCAAUGAACAGACCACCCAAGGUGGAUACGUCCGUUAUCAAUGCAACAUACAAAGGAUUUAUAGAAGUCAUAUUGCAGAACAAUGACACUGUGGCGCAGAGCUUUCACAUGGAUGGUUACUCAUUUUUUGUUGUUGGGAUGGGUUUUGGAGAAUGGACAGAGAAUAACAGGGGCUCUUAUAAUCGGUGGGAUGCAAUUUUCCGGUCUACAACUCAGGUUUUUCCUGGAGGAUGGACAGCAAUCAUGGCAUCUCUUGACAACGUUGGUGUAUGGAACCUCAGAGUAGAAAACCUGGACAGGUGGUAUUUAGGGCAGGAAACUUAUAUGAGAAUCAUUAAUCCCGAAGAUCAUAGCAAUAAAACAGAAUUGCCAGUUCCUAGCAAUGCUCUCUACUGUGGUGCCCUUGCUUCUAAGCAGAAGGCACAGAAAACAUCUUCAGCGACAACCAUAUUUAGAAGCUCGGAGCUGUAUCUUACGUUUAUGUUGGUAUUCUCUGCUGUUAUCAGUCUCCUAUGCUAGAGUUCAAUUUCAGCUUGUGAAAAACAUUGGAAUAGCUGGAAUUGGGAAUUCACUUUCUUGUGGGGAGGAAUGUGCUGAUAGGAUUUAUGCUUCUUAAUUUUUUUUCUUUUCCUUGAGAAAGUUAAUUAAUCAUUAGUUUGCACAGUGUCCCUCCUUUUUUUUUUUCAUUUUUUUUUAAAGCUUUGGAAAAAUGUGAAGCCAACUAACAGACAGUAUUUCGCGGGGGAUCCAUCAUUCUUUGUCUCAAUUACUGCAUAGUUAUUAGAUAUUAUGAUGAGCAACCCUUUGUGAUUA